UGUCAAGUAAAUGUGUUGAGAAAAAUGAGAUAACCUUUAACUAAUCCAAAUGUUUUAAUGUUUAAUGUGAUUAGAUCUUAUUUUAUUUUACCCUUUCAUCACGUGAAUAAAAAAUAACUUAUACAUUGUUUUAUCUGUUCUGUAGGUUUUAAAAUUAAUAGGUACUUGGUUUUGUCAGUCAAUAUUAGAUAUGGAUACGCCUGUAUCGGCUUUCGCAGUUUACAGUACUAAUAAAAAGCCUAAGAAACAGAAAAAUAAAAAGAAGAAACAGAAAAAUGCUAAAUCUCCAAAAGCUUUGACAAAUAAUUUAGAUAAUAUUACCCUAAUAAAUAAAGCAAAGAAACUUAAGCUAACAUUGAAGAAAUCAAAAGAUACUAAAAAGAAACUUCUUAAAAAGAAAAAGGCUCUUGGAGCUCUAAUCAAUGGUAUUAGUGAAAACAAAAUGAACAAUUCACCUAACAAACGUAAUACCAGUAUUUCUGAAAGUGAGGAAAUACCUAAUUUGAUUCAUGCUCCAAAUCAAAUAAAUAAUUUUGAAGAGAAAUCUGAUGAAGAUACAGUGUGCUCAGAUAAUUGUAACUUUGAAUUUACUCCAGUUCAAACGGAUAGUGCAGAAGAAGGUUUGAAAGCAUUUGGGUGGAUGAUAGCACCAUACAAUCCCGAAGAGUUCCUUAACCAAGUUUGGGAAAAAAAGCCGCUGCAUAUAAGCAGAAAUAAACGUAACUACUAUAAAGAAAUAAUUUCCACUCCCAUCAUAGAUCAAAUGUUGCGUAAAGAUAACAUUCAGUUCACAAAAAAUAUUGAUAUCACAUCCUAUGUUAAUGAGAAGCGGGAAACACAUAACCCAGAAGGCAGAGCUCACCCAUACCUUGUGUGGGAUUACUAUGUAAAUGGUUGCAGUAUUAGAUUAUUGAAUCCUCAAACUUAUAUCCCUAAAUUACAUUUACUGAAUGCAACACUCCAGGAAUUCUUUAACUCGUUUGUUGGUGCUAAUGCAUAUUUAACGCCACCUGAUAGUCAAGGUUUUGCACCACAUUACGAUGAUAUAGAAGCUUUUAUCUUACAAGCUGAAGGGAAGAAACAUUGGCGUAUUUAUAAACCUCGGAAUGAUGAAGAAACAUUACCCAGAGUUUCAUCAAAGAAUUUCAAUCAAAAUGAAAUAGGGGAUCCAAUUUUGGAAGUCACUUUAGAAGCGGGUGAUUUACUUUAUUUUCCAAGAGGCUUUAUUCAUCAAGGAGUUACGAUUGAAGGAGAACACUCCCUUCAUGUAACUGUCAGUAUGUACCAGAAGCAUUCUUGGGCGGAUUUAUUAGAAAAAUUGGUUCCUGCAGCAUUACAAAUGGCAAUAAAUGAAAAUAUUGAGCUAAGACGGGGUUUGCCAUUUGACAUUUAUGACAAUUUUGGUCUAGUUAAUUCAGACAUAAAUACACCGAGGAGAAAAGAAAUUGAGGAUAUUAUUAGAACACUAUUUGACAAAAUCAAAAAACAUCUACCAAUAGAUGAAGCAGUUGAUCAAAUGAACAAGAAUUACCAGCAUGAUGCAUUACCACCUGUUCUUACCGAUUUAGAAAAGUCUGUCACUGUAUAUAGUGAUAAUGAUGUUGUAAUGAAAGAUGGAAAGAUAGAUAAUAGAAUUGAAAUAGGACUAGAUACAAAGAUAAGACUGUUACGAAAAAAUAUACUGAGAAUGGUCUCGGAAGACCGUAUAAGAAUUUAUUAUUAUGUUGACAAUUCAUUGGAGUAUCAUGGAAAUGAGUUGCCAUACCUUGAAAUCGAGGAAGAUUUGGCACCAGCAAUAGAGAACUUAAUAGUAUCUUAUCCACAGUAUGUUGCAGUUGAAGAUCUAGAUGUACCGAAUGAUUCAGACAAGAUGCAGGUAGUUGACGCUCUGUGGUCAAGGGGAUUAAUUAUGGCUGAGUUCCCAUUGGAAAUAGUUGAAGAUUGAAAAUCUAUACAUGUGUUUUUGAUUAAUUAAUAAUUUCAAUUGAAUUCAUUAUCUCAUAAAAUUUCUUUUACAAAUAAUUAAAAGUUUGUUUAAAAAUA